AUGCAGUUCAUCUUCAAGGUGAUGAUAACCUUGACCCGAGUCUCUCGGCGAGAUCUCCUCGGCUUGGAUUUCGAGGGCACUCUCAAGUACUUCAGGGUCACUCUGCCGAAGCGUUUUAGGUCGCAGGAGGCCAGUCAAGAGCUUAUUGCUACUGCGGUUACUGCAAAGGUUUCCUCCAAAAAACUCGCUCGGCUCGCCAAAGAUUGGGCGCUAAAGAAGGCUGAAGCAGACGCUCUCUCAUCCCCUCUGCGCGCCCUCCAGCGAGAGUCCUGGCAACUGCGUGAUCAGUGUUCACGCCUCGAGAAGGAGAAUGAGACCCUCGCCGAUGAAGUUCUCACCAGCAAAACUAAUAUGCAGAAGCAGAUAGAGAAGUUGGAGGACAUGGUAGAGUCGUUGAAGAUAGAACUAUUCGCUGCACAAAAGGAACUCGUUGAAAAACAGGAGGAGUGUGAUUUUAUGGAGAAGGAAACUCGUCAGGUGAAGAACAUGAUGCGCAAACUGUUAGAACAACACAAGUCCGAGCGUCAGCAACAGGCUGCCAUCAUCGACGAGUACAAGACAAUCACAUCCAAUCUCUCCAAGCGAUUAGAUUCGCUGGAGAACUCCACGGAACGUAUCUGUCGUCUGCCCUCCGCUGUGGUGGAGACCCUGAUGCAGUGUUCUGGUGAAUGCAGGGCCGCCCUCGACUCCUACCUACCCGGUUGGGAUCAGACCAGUGACAAUGGUCUAGCCAGCCAAGACGGUGCCCUCGAUGGCAAGGGGAAGGAGGUGAAUGAGGAAGUCACGAGUCUCAGGCGACGGGUGAGUUGA